UAGUAAAAGACGCGUUUUUUAAAUCUUGGCAUAUAGAAUUACUUUAAUGAUCAUUGAAAACCUCAAUGAUCCUAACCUUCGUUUUCAGCACAUCCAGGGCUGGCGCGAGGCUUCUAAAAUUGGGGGGGGCCAUAAAUUUUUUAUGAAUUUUCGGUAUAAAACUAAGUUGAUCGGCCACAAUUUAGUUUUCGUAAAGUUUUUACUUAUUCCAAUUAGUAGUGAAUAUUAAAAUUAAUCAAAAUAUUUACAUUUCAUUAUUUUUCACAACACGUGUAGUUCUCAAAGCAAAAAAACAACAAUGUACAGUUUAAGCAAUGUUCAUUUUAUUCCCCAUAUUCUUGCAGGCCCCUGUUUUACUAUGACAUUUUGUAGAACAAGCAACUCCAGCUCUUUUACACGGACAAUGUUUUAUUCCACAUUUGCUUUUACAAUCACACGUUGUACCAGUGACUGAUCCUCUAGCAAACACUUUACAUGCUUCAAUAAAACUUAUAUCAUUCAAUUCUUUUAAAACUUGUCGGCAAGAAGAUUUUAAUUCAACAAAAUGAUCAACUGAGGAAUGAAUUUUGUAGUACCUCAUAUUGACACGCCAAUUUAAAAACAGUGGAGUCACUCUUUUUGUUUUUUUCAAUAACAAUACAAGGUAAAAGUUUGGGGUCCGUGUUAGUACGAUCCGCAGUAUGAAUUUGGACUCCAACACAAUUAUUUAUAUUAAAUUUGUCUGUUAGUUUAUCAACGUAAUUAUGAUGUAAUUUCAUUCGUUUUGACGCAGUUCAAUAAUUAUUUGUUGCGGUCUGCCGUAUUAGAUCAUGUCUAGAUGAUGUUGAUGGUAAAGAAGAUGAAGAAGGUUGCGUUGAUGAUAAACUAAGAUCAAGAGAAGAAGUGAUUGUUUUAGAAGAAAAAUCAUUUGAAUUCGGAAAAGAAAGAAAACCAGGUGAUGUUAUUUCAUUUAAAAUACUCAAUGCAUUUUGUGUGGAAUGA